AUGUCGGCUAUGAUACGACCCGCGAGGCUUUUGUCCAAUGGAUCCGUGAUCACGAUGACAUGGCAGGUGGGCGACGAUGGGCGUGCGUGGGGAUCGGAUGUGCGACGAGAUGUAUUCAUUGUCGUUGACGAACAAGCGCUCGAGUCCCUGCUCACCGAUGACCCAGAUACGGCAUGGGCCACUGUCUUUGACGCGCAGUACUCGAGCCACGAUGGAAGACCCGAGUACCCCGGCUGGAUGCGCUGUCGGGCCUGGGCGUUGGUGGAGUUAUGGAAAGACUUGGACGCUGUAGACGAGGGCAUGUCAGAAUUGUGCCCUCCAAGGCAUCAUUCCGGUCAGAUACUGUUGUAUGGCGGAGGGCCGGGUGAUACACUUCUCGAGAUUGAGAGUCCUCUCCGGGACGGUAUGAUGCAUUACCCACGCGGUACAUGCAGAGGGGUGAUGGAAGGCACGCAAAGGGGCGCAAUAGGUGCGACAAUGCCAGGCUCUAACGGGGAGCACCCGGAGACCGUCUCCCGGUAA